UAAGAAAAUCAUUUAUGCAAAUUUGUUUUAUAUUCGGAUUGCGACAAAAAAAAAAAAAACAUGUGGUGCCUUAUCCUUUCCAACUGAUCUGACUCAUCCCCUCGUGCCCACUGCCCACCAUGAUUCUAUACUUCCUUCCCAAGCUCCCAGUCGCUUUCUCGCAUUUUUCAGCAAAUCGCCUCUUUUUCUGGGCUACUGUAGGUUUCUUCUGUUGCUUUUCCCCUCACUCUCAGUCCAUCACUCCAUCUAAGCUUGAGGUUUUUGGAGGUUCGAACGGGUAGAGAAGGAUGGGUUCGCAAGGAGAUGUGAGGAACGGAGGAGAGAACAUGGCAGCUUGGCUGGUCGCAGUCAACACCCUCAAGAUUCAACCUUUCGAGCUCCCUCCACUCGGACCGCAUGAUGUUAGAGUAAGGAUGAAAGCUGUUGGAAUCUGCGGGAGUGAUGUUCACUACCUUAAGACCUUGAGAUGUGCACAUUUUGUGGUGGAAGAGCCAAUGGUGAUUGGCCACGAAUGUGCUGGAAUCAUAGAGGAGAUUGGUAGUGAAGUAACUCAUCUUGUCCCCGGGGAUCGUGUGGCACUGGAGCCUGGGAUCAGCUGCUGGAGAUGCAGCUACUGCAAACAAGGAAGUUACAACCUUUGUCCUGAGAUGAAGUUCUUCGCAACUCCACCUGUUCAUGGCUCCCUCGCCAAUCAGGUGGUGCAUCCAGCAGAACUUUGUUUCAAGCUGCCCGACGACAUAAGCUUGGAGGAAGGAGCAAUGUGUGAGCCCUUGAGCGUUGGGGUCCACGCCUGUCGUCGAGCCAAUGUGGGUCCGGAGACUAAUGUCUUGAUCAUGGGAGCUGGGCCCAUUGGCCUCGUCGCGCUGCUGGCUGCUCGUGCUUUUGGAGCACCAAGGGUUGUGAUUGUGGAUGUGGACGAGUUUCGCUUAUCUGUUGCCAAGGAUCUUGGCGCUAGUGAGACUGUUCAAGUGUCUACAAAAGCUGAGGAUGUGGCUGGAGAAGUGGAACUGAUAAAGAAAGCCAUGGGAGAAGCAGUUGAUAUAACUUUGGACUGUGCAGGGUUCACUAAGACCAUGACGACUGCACUGAAUGUCACAAGGCCAGGUGGCAAAGUGUGUCUCGUGGGAAUGGGUCACAAUGAGAUGACAGUGCCACUGACUCCUGCAGCCGCAAGGGAGGUAGAUGUGGUUGGCGUGUUCCGGUACAAGAACACAUGGCCUCUGUGCAUAGAUUUCUUGAGGAGUGGGAAGAUAGAUGUGAAGCCACUGAUAACUCACAGGUUUGGCUUUUCACAGAAGGAGGUUGAAGAUGCAUUUGAGACCAGUGCUCGUGGUGGCUCUGCCAUUAAAGUCAUGUUUAACCUCUGAUCAUAGAAAGAAGGCUUACAUAUGAUUAUGCAGAUCCUAUUUGAAUUGUACAAACUCGAAAGAAAAGAUUCAUAUGUUUUGAAAUAAAGUAGGCGUGAGACAUUAUUCUGCAUAUAUCAAUUACCCUUUUCGCAUAUCUGCGAUAGCAAUUUAGCAUACUUCAGCUUAUUCAUACAAAUUUGGUCAACCAGAAUGGAUUUCAGGCGUUCUUAGUCGUGUUAGCUACUAAGAACACCAAUAAAGGAAAGAUUGAAAUUUCUAACAGUUCACUCUCUUCUUCUACUAAUAGAAUUCCAUAAGGUUUUGAUGUGUAUCUAUUAUUUAGAUUAGAGGCAAUAAACUGUCAUUUCAAAG